AUGAAAUACGCAAAACGAAAUCAAUUUACAGUUAAUCUGGCACAUACCCCUAAGCAGACACUACAAGGAAUUGCCUCUUGGAAUGUUGUUCCUCAUGACAAAAACUGGAGAGCCGACAAAGCGGUUGAUGGUAAUACGAAUCAAACCUACCUCCCUACGUGUGCUAUUGCUGCUUACGCUAACGGUUAUAAACUGGUUUGGUGGAAGGUGUGGUUAAACAGAAAAUUUAAUAUAGCAUACUUGGAAAUCUAUCUGCGAUCCGGAUUUUCAAACCGGGCAGCAGGUUUCUCCACAUAUACGUACGAAGACAAAGAUUUUGUUCCUUCCACUGGAGACACGGGGCGAUUUGUAUACAAUCAUGAUCCUAUGUCAGGAUGUCCAGACUCCAUCCAGAACAUAACUGUGAAUAAAAUUGCUCAGGGAGUAGCAUUCUUUAACAAAAGACCAGAUGGAUUUACGUCAAAUUGUUCGGAUGUAGAUGUAAAAAGGACCUCAGUUGAAAGAUGUGAAGUGAAAGUAAUGGGUUGUGAUCAAGAUAGAUAUCAUUCUGGAUGUACGGAGGCAUGCAGUCCUAAAUGCAAAGACAGCCACUGUGAUGCUUUUAACGGGUCAUGUAUAUAUGGCUGUUCUGAUCCUAAUGCUGUGUCCUUGUAUUGUAUUGUGUGUGAUGACGGGAAGUUUGCUUUAAAUGGGAAAUGUGAACAAUGUGGCAACUGCCAGAAGGACACGGCGUGUGACAAAGGAACUGGAAGAUGUUUGUUUGGGUGUAAGGACAACUGGACGGGAGAUCUUUGUAAGGGUGUGUAUUUGAUUUAUGAUUAG